CAAUGGAGGCAAAGACAAUUCCAGAAGUGGUGCUAAACUCAGGGCAUAAGAUGCCCAAUUUGGGUUUUGGCACAGGAACAGUGCCAUUACCACCAUCACACGUGCUCAUUCCUGCAUUCAUUGAAGCCAUAAAAGUUGGCUACAGGCACUUUGAUACUGCAGCUUAUUAUGGUUCUGAGGAAUCUCUUGGUCAAGCAAUAGCACAAGCACUGGAUCAAGGUCUCAUCAAAAGCCGUAGUGAACUAUUUGUCACCUCCAAACUCUGGUGCACUGAUGCUCAUCCUGGUCUUGUUCUUCCAGCACUCAAGAGUUCAUUACAGACAUUGGGCCUAGAGUAUGUAGAUCUUUACCUGAUCCAUUUUCCAGUGAGGCUGACGCAAGGAGUUAAAGGGUUAAAUUAUGGCAAAAAAGACAUUCUUCCUUUGGACAUGAAAGGAACCUGGGAAGACAUGGAACAGUGCUAUAAAUUGGGUUUGGCCAAAUCCAUUGGUGUAAGCAAUUUCGGGGUGAAAAAGCUUUCACAACUUCUUCAGAAUGCAAUUAUUACGCCUGCUGUUAAUCAGGUGGAGAUGAACGCAGCAUGGAAACAGGAAAACCUGAGAAAAUUGUGCAAAGAGAGAGGAAUUCAUGUGACUGCAUGGUCUCCUCUGGGAGCCAAUGGAGCUGUGUGGGGUUCCCUUGCUGUUAUGGACAGUCCUAUUCUGAAGGACAUUGCAUACAAAUCAGGCAAGAGUAUGGCACAGGUUGCACUGAGGUGGAUAAUAGAAGAAGGUGCAACUCCAAUAGUGAAGAGCUUCAACAGUGAGAGAAUGAAGCAAAAUCUUCAGAUUUUCGAUUGGGAGCUGAGUGAGAGUGAUUCAGAGAAGAUUAAACAAAUACCACAGCAUAGGGGUUUCAAGGGUGAACGUUUUGUCUCAGAGUUUGGCCCUUACAAAACUCCCGAAGAUCUUUGGGAAUGACUGCACAUCAAUCUCAUCGAUGCUGUUUCUGCUUUCUCAUCCACUGUUUUCAAGUGAAAAAAACAGUGUUUCGCUUCUUCUAAGACCUUUCCUUUCAAAUAAACAAGCUUUUAAAUUACAGUUUCAUUCUCAUUAGCAUAAUUUUUAUAUUAUCAAACAGUUGAGAACUAAAUAUGCAUGAAUUCAGUAUUCAGUAAUAUUCCAA